UGGCUUGAAGACAGAACGAUGGACGACAGCGGGGGGGCACCAGAGGACGAGAUGGUGAAGUCCGCCAUGAUGGAGGCGAGCACCCUGCAGUGGCCCGGAGACAGACAGACAGGUAGACAGACAGGUGGACAGACAGGAGGACAGACAGGUGGACAGACAGGUGGACAGACAGGUGGACAGACAGGUGGAAAGACAGGAGGAAAGACAGGUGGACAGACAGGUAAAGCUGACAGGAUGAGCGUGAGGUCAGACGUUUCCCUCCGAGACGCGGCGAGCUGCACGGAGAGCGAGCGGGGCUGAUGGCGCGAGGGGGCGGGGCCUGUGAGGAGGAGGGGGCGGGGCUAGUGGAGGGGGGGGCGAAGGGGAGGGAGGCGCACCUGAAAGAAGAGCCGGCGGAGAAUCUCCUGCCGGAGAAAGCGGCGCAGGUGUUCAGUCCGGCCGUCACCGUCCUCUCAUCGCCGUCGUCGCCCAGAGAGAGUGAAGCAUUCUGGGAGCUGGAGAAGACUCCCUUCCUGCGUCACGAAGGACUACAAGACUACACAGAGGACUACAACCAAGAUGGCUACUGGAACCAGGACACGCCCACUGCCAGAUGUGGGCGGUGCUGCUCCAGCAGAGACUCUCUAAAGAUGUCCGUGUCCCUGAUGGCGUCAGCGUUGUUGUUCCCCGUCCUGGUUUGGGGAGGAUUCGUCUUCCUGCCGUUUGACGCUCCGCUGCUGGACAGCGCCCCCCUCAGGCUGGUCUACACACUGCGCUGCUCUGUGUUCGCUGCCACGCCCAUCGUCCUGGGCUGGCUGGUUCUGGGCGUGAGUCGUCUCAGGUCGGGUGUGGUUCGUCCUCUGUUUGACGAGCAGGUGAAGGAGGCGGAGUUUCGUGAGGUCAGCGUUCACCGCCGCUUCGUCUCUGACUCCGCCUCCCUGUUCCUGAUCUACUUCCUGCAGCUGGUUGUCAUGGCGAUGUACCUGACCCAGGGGCAGAUGAAGCUCGUACCUCUGCUCACCAUCGUCUUCGCCUUCGGACGGCUGGUUUACUGGGUGGCGGCAGCGUUCGGUAGCAGCGUUCGGGGUUUCGGGUUCGGCCUCUCCUUCCUGCCGAGUCUCGCCAUGAUGGUCGCCAACUUCUACUUCAUCUUCUCGGUGGAGUCGUCGGGGUCGAUCUUCAGCUCGCCGCCGGAGGCUGAGGAGCUGCUGGCUCCGCCCGCCGACAGACGGCAGCGGUUCUGGGGAUGAGAGCUCGGCCGUAAUCAGUAACCCUAAAACCUGCCAGGCCGAAAUAUUUCAAAUCAACUUUGUUUUUUAAAUUUAAAUUUUUUUUUAUAAACUGAAAACUGGAAAAAAAAAAUCAGUGAAAUCUUUUUUUUAUUUUGUAAUGUUUGAAAAGAAAAACAUGUGACCUGCUGUCUGUAGCCCCGCCCAUUAUAGCCCCGCCCACUACA